AACUCCGAAACCCGAAGGAGUGAAGUUGGGUUUGAAGAACUCCGAAACCCGAAGGAGUGAAGUUGGGUUUGAAGAACUCCGAAACCCGAAGGAGUGGAGUUGGGAAAGCAAUAUAGAAGAAAUAGAAGAAAAUAUAGAAGAGACAGAAAAUGAAGCGAUUGAUGAUGAGAAUAAUUAA